AUGGGCUCGUGGCAAGUAAGCGGUCAGUCUGCAGUCAGUCAGUCAGUCAUUGACUCAUCAGCAGUGGUAGUGGUUGUGCUUGUGCUUGUGCUGGACUUUGCGCUUAGACCUGCGGCAUGGGGUGCAUCGUGCCGUUUCAAUGUUGACGUUACUGCUGGUAGAGAUGAUGAGCGAAGCGCAAUGCUCUCAUGGAUCUCGGAGCUCACUCCAAGCGUCUUCCCUGCACCCGGAAACACAAUGCUUCAGCCACCACGACCAACACUGUUGCGCAUUUCCAACCAGUGCAGUGGGGGCAUUCAGCGUGUCAAUCAACCAACCAGCGCCUCUGGACUUAAUCUGGGGCUGUGUGCUGCGCUUGUACGGGCCGACCCCCUCCAGACUGGUACUCGCCUACACGUGCUGUCGAUUGCGCCAGAAGCACUGAAGACUGCUUUGAUUGUGCCUUGGUUGCUAGUUGCUGCAAAGCUUGAGAAUAGAAUUGUAGAGAACCCGGCCGGUUCUUCGGUGGCGCCUCCUCCAUCACUUCGGUACCUUUGGCCCCCAGCCCACCCACCCACCCGCACUCGCACCCGCGUCUGUUGUCUGUUGUCCGGCCGCCUGUUCUGCCGCAGGCCAAGAGCUUCUCCUCCUCCUCCAUCCUACCUCUCUACCUAUCUAAUCUCGCCUCGCCUUGCUCUUCCGACACGUUGCGCCGCUUUGCUGCUGCUGCUACUGCUCUGCCCACCUCCCUUCGGCCCCGUCCUCCAUGUUCUCUCUGAUCUCUGGUCUCUGAAGUCCCAUCUCCUCCUUCAACAUCGACGACACCUCAUCCCGCCCGUCUCUGCAAACCCGCCCGCUUCGAAUCGGUGUCCUUCUCACCCACCCAAACCGCCCAUCAUGGCUCCUCUUGCCUUGAGGAGCCUCCUCAUCGGCGCCUUGGCUUGUCUUCCCGCCCUGGCUUCGGCACAGCGCAACUACUCCACCGCCGAUAUGCUGCGUGCGCAGCUGACACUUCUCGACGACCGGCCCUCCGACUGCCCGCCUUGCUUCAACUGUCUCCUCCCCGCCCACAAGUGCACCCAGUUCGCCGGCUGCAACGACUAUACAGGCAAAUGCAACUGUCCCGAAGGCUUCGGCGGUGAUGACUGCCUCGAUCCACUGUGCGGAUCUCUGUCCCGUGGCGAUAACACCGAUAGACCUCGACGAACUGGUGACUCGUGCCAAUGCGACGACGGCUGGACCGGCAUCAACUGCAAUGUCUGCACGAGCAACCUGGCCUGCGACGCUCUUAUGGAGACCAAGGAGGGCGGUGUUUGCUACCAGAAUGGCGAGGUCAUCAACCAUAACUACCAGAUCUGCGAUGUGACCAACAAGAAGAUCACCGAUCUUCUUGGCGAGAAGCGCCCCCAGGUCACCUUUACCUGCAAGAAGGAAGAGGGCAACUGCGAUUUCCAGUUCUGGGUUGACGAACGCGAGUCCUUCUACUGCCACUUGAACGAUUGCUCCUCCACCGCCGACAUCAACGACAGCCAGAAUAGCACCGACUACAAGUGCAACAAGAUCGAGUGCAACUGCAUCUCUGACCGCAUGCUGUGUGGCGAGAACGGCUCCGUCGACAUUAGCGACUUCCUAGUCGAGGAGAUCAACGGUCCCGCCGAGUUCCAGUGCCUGCAGAAGAAUGGAGGCGUCAACAACUGCGCCUUCAGAGAGCCUGCCAUGGAUGAUCUUAUCCUGUCCUUGAUCGGCGACAGCAGCAUUCAGCUGAACUGUCGCUCCGGAGAGUGUCUCUACCACACCGAAGUCCCCGGCUACGAGCGACCUGUCAAGAAGAUCAACACUCCGCUCAUCGCCAGUGUUAUCGCCGCCUGCUCCCUGUUCGUUGUCGCCAUCAUUCUGCUGACCUGGUACCUUUCCCGCCGCCAGUUCAAGUACGGCGCCAUCGUGCUUGACGACUCCGACGACGAGUCCUUGAAGCUCAUGGCCGACCACAAGCCCGCUUCCCUCUACUUCGAGAACGUCGCCUACGACCUCAAUGGGAAGCGUAUCCUGAACAAUAUCCAGGGCAUGGCCCACCCGGGUGAGGUCACAGCCAUUAUGGGCGCCUCGGGAGCUGGCAAGACCACCUUCCUCGAUAUCCUGGCCAGGAAGAACAAGCGAGGACAGGUUUCUGGCGAUUUCUACGUCAAUGGCGAAAAGGUUACCGACACGGACUACAAAAACGUCAUCGGCUUCGUUGACCAGGAAGACACCAUGCUGCCUACUCUGACUGUCCACGAGACCAUCUUGACGAGCGCUCUUCUCCGUCUGCCCCGUAACAUGGGCCGCGCCGCCAAGGAGCAGCGCGUCUUCGAGGUCGAGAAGCAGCUCGGUAUCUACCACAUUCGCGAUUCCUUGAUUGGCUCCGAGGAAGGCAAGGGUCGUGGCAUUUCUGGCGGAGAGAAGCGCCGAGUCGGCAUCGCCUGUGAGCUUGUCACGAGCCCCUCCAUUCUGUUCCUGGACGAGCCCACCAGCGGCCUGGACGCCUAUAACGCCUUCAACGUCAUUGAAUGUCUGGUUACCUUGGCCAAGAACUACAAGCGUACCGUUGUCUUCACGAUUCACCAGCCUCGGUCCAAUAUUGUCGCCCUCUUCGACAGACUCAUUCUAUUGGCGCGAGGUGGCGCGGUCUACUCGGGUCCCUUUUCUCAGUGCCAGGCGUAUUUCGACCACAUUGGUUACUCGUGCCCCCCCGGCUUCAACAUUGCCGACUACCUCGUCGACCUCACGAUGCACGCGGGCGCUACCACCUCUGAAGAUGAUGGCGCCCUGAACGCCGACGUGGCCAGUUUAGGACCCAGCAGCACCACUGCUGUCAAGUCUAUCGCCAGCAUUUCUGGCGGGUCUAUCAACGAGGACAGUGGUAUUGAAUCCUCCUCAUCGCGCCCCAAGAACAAGCGUCGGGACUCGGUCAAGGUUCGCCAAGAGCGAGAGCUCUUCACCCGUCGCAAGAACAAUGCCGACACUGCUGCUUCAUCGGACGCCGGCGGAGAGGACGUUGGAUCCUACAAAUUGCAGACCCAGCCAGGCCUCGUACCGUCCAUCAAUGUUGAGGACCCCCACGACCUUCCCCCUGCCGCGUACGUUGGAACCGACUUGGAUGUUCUGAUUCGCUCCUUCGCCGAAUCCGACAUUGCAGGCUCCACGCACGAUGAGCUUCAGCAAUCCAUCAAUGCCGCUCAGGGUGCCAACGGACAGAAUGCAAACGGGUACAACCCAGAGGGGCCGAACAUCCACAUAAGCGCCAUCGGCAAGGGCUACGCUCGCGUGGGCUACACCCGCCAGUUCAUCAUCCUGUCUCAGCGGACCUGGAAGAACCUGUACAGAAACCCUAUUCUCAUGUUGACCCACUACGCCAUCGCGAUCCUCCUCGCGGUUCUGUCCGGAUAUCUGUUCUACGGAUUGACCGACGACAUCCCAGGAUUCCAGAACCGUCUGGGUCUAUUCUUCUUCCUGUUAGCAUUGUUCGGGUUCAGCACCUUGACCAGCUUGAACGUCUUCGCUACCGAGAGGCUCUUGUUCGUCAGAGAGCGUGCCAACGGCUACUAUUCACCCAUCACCUAUUUUGCGGCCAAGAUUCUUUUCGACAUCAUUCCACUCCGUAUCAUUCCACCCCUCCUCAUGGGCGCCAUCAUCUAUCCAAUGACAGGCUUGGUCCCUGAUGCCGCCCACUUCUUCAAGUUCAUCCUCGUGCUAGUCCUGUUCAACUUCGCAGCCGCUGCCAUCUGCCUGUUUAUUGGCAUCAUCUGCAAGGACGGCGGGGUAGCCAACUUGAUUGGCAGCUUGGUCAUGCUAUUCAGCUUGCUCUUCGCCGGUCUGCUACUCAACCACAACGCCAUCCCCAAGGCUGCCCUCUGGCUCCAGAUGCUCUCCAUCUUCCAUUACGGAUUCGAGUCGCUCAUCGUCAAUGAGGUGCUUCAACUGACCCUUGUCGACAAGAAAUACGGCCUAGACAUCACCGUCCCGGGUGCCGCCAUCUUGAGCUCCUUUGGUUUCAACAACGACGCCCUGUGGGCCGACGUCGUCAGCCUCGGCACCUUUGGUGUUGUCUUCAUCAUUCUCGCCUACGCCGCCAUGCACUUCCUUCUCGUCGAGAAGAGGUGA